AGGUAACUUAUAGGUUACGUCUAACAUUCUAACAGCCAAUAUCUAUCAUUUAUUUAUAAAGCUUAUUUAUUAUAGCUUGCGUUCUUAUAUAUCAAAAAAGAAAUAGAAAAUACAUUAUCUCUUAAGUUUUCCAUGAAAGAUUGAAAAAACAAAAGAGUACCAUAGGCCUACUUUGUGCAUACUUUAUUAUCAAUAUAGAUAAAGGAACAUUGGAUAUUGCUCAUUAAUAAUAAAUUGAAAACGUUAUUCAAAAGAUUGUUAGCAAUAGACAAUUAAAAAGAAUUAUAUUUGUUCUCCUCCAAUCAUUUUCUCCUUCCGGUUUCCCUUAGAGCCCGAAAUAAUCGAACCUUCCUUAAAAAUUCUGAUGGAAUAUUAUAUAAUAGUUUUCUAUAUUUAAAGGAGAAAAGAGGGAAAAGAGUUUUACAUUUCAAUUAGUUUAAUUUAAAAAAUAGUAUGAACUUCAUUUAAUAAAAAAACCCAUAAAUAUGAUUAUCUUAAUUAUUUAUAUUCUCUCAUUAAAACUAUUGAAAAAAGGUUAUAUAAAAAUAUAUGAAAAGUUUCUUUCGAAGAGCCUUGAAAAAUACACCUCCAGAGUGCCUUGAGUCGAAACAAUGCGAAAUAACUUCUGGUAAAUUACGUAGUGCUUGUACUGGUUGUCGUUUUAAGAAAUGUUUAGAUGUUGGAAUGUCGAAAGAGAGGAUAAAAACUGGCAGAUAUACAACCGAACAACGCAGAGCACAUGUUGAAGAAGUAAAACUGCUAAUGAAACAACAACAAAAACCUGAAAAUGAAGUUAAUCCUAUUGAAUUGACCAAUCAUCAGGUUGAGCAUAUCAUUCAAAAUUUAACAACAUCCUUUCUUCAAGUUGCUAAAGAAUGUUAUAGAGAAAUGGCUGAGAUGUCUCCCGAAGAGAAUGCCAUAUAUAUAUCACUAGAGAUGGAAGAUCAAAUUGUUCAAAAGUUGUCGAUGUUUGAGAAAGAAGUUAAAAAUUGUAUAUAUUUCGCGAAGCGAAUACCAGGCUUCAUUAAUCUGCACGUUGAAGAUCAAAUUUCGUUGAUUCGGGAAAACCGAAUAGAAUUCCGACUUUUAUAUAUUAGACCUAAACUAUCCGAAGAUAAGCAGUUUUACAUAAUAACGAAUAUCGAUUGGCAUUGCACAAAAAAGGAAGUAAAAGACUAUUAUCAUUCCGACGAGGCUACCGAAUGGUUAUUUAAAACUACCGAGAGAAUGAAUGAAAUAUUCGAAGGAGACGAUAAGCUAAUCGCUAUAGUUACGGCUAUUUGCGUUUUAUCGCAUGAUAGAUGUAAGAAUUUAAGAGAUAUUCCAGCUAUUGAGAGGAUUGAAGAGAAAAUGCUUCAGUGUCUAAGAACUAUGAUGUCGAACCGGCAGAUGGCGCAUGUGUUUUCCUUAUUAACAGAUUUACGAAUGAUAACGGAUCAUACUAAAGCCUUAGAGCAUUCGAUACUAAUAUCGAACGCCAAGGACGUCCAAUUCCCUACACUGCUUAAAGAAACGUGGUAUUCGGAAGGUAUAAAGAGUUUACUACUUCAACCAUUGAACGAUGACGAAUAUCAGAGAGAGCAACAGAAACUUUCUGUUGAGAUACCUGCAAAUGUCCUAUCGAAGUUGAUUGACUUACAAAAAGCAUCUAGGAAUGGAGGAGAUCAGGACUCACCGAGCGCACACUCUAUAGUCAAAUCUCUCGCUCAGUUACCUGAUCUCAGCAGUCUUGUUAAUAUUAACAGAUCAUAG